CCCAUUGGCCGCGCGUCCCUGUCCUUCGAGAAGUAGUCCCUGGAGCGGAUGAAGACGCUCUUUUUUAACGGACCGCGUGGCUGCAGCGCGCUGCAAAAAAGGCGCGCGCUGCUGAGGCGAUGGCGUCGAGCGCUGCUGAGGCGAAAGAAGGGGCGCCCGGCCCGAAUUGGGGCGCCAGCUGCAGUCCAGCCGCAGCGGAGCGCCCGCUUCGAAGCGCAAGGCCUCACAGUGUCCCUCUCGCCGGCGCCGCAGCGGGUAGCUGGGAGGAGGAAGAGGCCGGGCCCCUGCCAGAACAAUUCCCGUCCCACCUGGCAGCCAUGACUGGCCGGGAGAAGGUGGCGCUGUACUGCGACGGGCUUCUGAAGAACUGCAAGGCAGAAGAUGUUAAUGAGGCCAUUAGUAAAUAUCUUCUGGAAAAAUUGAAGCAGAAGGAAAAAUGGUUUGGAAUCUGGAAGACUAAUCCAGACUUCUUUUUUGUCAGUUCUGAAGAAAUUCCCAUUCCAUAUGUUGGUGUGUUUGUUGAGGUUACUUGUAAACUGCUUGAGAAUCCCUCUGCUAACUUCAAAGUUUCUGUUUCUGUUGCUGAACCCUUCUCCUCUAAUAUUGCAAAUAUUCCAAGACCUUUAGUUGAUGAAGUUCUGAAGGAAAUGGAUCAUUGUGUGCCUCUUUUGGAAAUCUAUCCUGUAGAGGGGCAGGAUACUGUAGUGUCUGAUAUAGCCAAUGCUUUAGAAAUUGUGAGGUUUUUCUAUGACUUCCUUUGGAGAGAUUGGGAUGAUGAUGAAACCAGUGAGACUUAUGCUGCACUGAUAGAAGAAAGAAUUAAGAUUUGGUGUGAUAUUCAGAAUGGGAUUAUUCCUCCGCCAAUUGCGCAUCGUUUUAGAAGACAUCUGGAAAAGUACAAGAGCAUGCAUUUAGAACUAAUUAAUUACCAAAGCAAUAUUAAGGAAGAACCCACAGCAGAAGAAGCAAUUGAAUGUUGGAAAAAAUACUAUGAAUUAAUAAUGUUAUGUGGAUUGUUAAAAAUAUGGGAAGAUUUACGCCUAAGGGCUCAUGGACCUCUGACACCAAGAAUAUUGAAACGAAGGAAAGGAUACAGAGAAGACAGAAAAAGUGUAACUUAUAUUAUUGCAAAAACAGUGACACCAGAAAUGGUUAAAGGCUUAUCAUCUGACACGCUUAUUCAACAACAUGAUAACUUAAACUCUGCUUUAGACAGCUGUUACAGUGGUGAUAAUGUGCUUCUCUUUCCUGGAGAAUAUAAGGCAGAAAACCUUUCAAUGCUAACUGAAGAUAUCAUUAUUAAAGGAGUUGGAAGACCAGAGGAAACAGUAAUUGUUUCAGAUCCUGCCCACGAGAGCUUUGUAGUAUCCAGGGCCCAAAAUGUGAAAUUAAUGAAUAUUACCUUACUACAGGAAGGGACUGUUGAUGGUAUUGUUGUAGUUGAAUCCGGACACACAAUUUUGGAGAAUUGUGUUCUGAAAUGUGAAGGAACUGGCAUCUGUGUACUUGUUGGAGCUUCUCUGACAGUUAUAAACAGUGAGAUUACUGGAGCACAGGGUGCUGGAGUUGAGUUAUAUCCAGGAAGCACAGCUAUUUUGGAGGGUAAUAAAAUUCAUCACUGCAACAACUUUAGAACUAUUGACUCCUCACGAGGUAGUCUUGGUGGGAUUAACAUAAAGGUAGUUCCUGCUCCUAAGUUAAGGAUGAAAAACAAUCAUAUCCACAGUAACAAUGGCUAUGGAGUGACUAUUAUUAAGCCUUCUGAACAGCUUGGUGUCACAACUGAAGGAACAGUGGAGACUGCUGCAGCAGGAGACGGAGAAGAUUCAGUUUCCAAACUAAUGCAGGAACUGAGCCUUGAGAUAAAAACUAAUAUACUAGAAGACAAUGAUAAAGGCAUCAGCAUAGUAAACUGAACUUGCAGUUUGCUUUGAUAAAUUUAGUACUGUAUUAAAUAAGACCCGACUAAGUGUUUUUACUUUGUAUACUGUUAAAACUAUUUGUAUCAUACUUGCUGUUUCUAAGUAAAGAGAAAGCUCUAUAAUUCAGAGUGAA